GUGGGCAGCGGGCAGCGCGCGGGCCGCGGGGCGUGCGUCGGGCCGCCAGUCGCGCACCGAGCGCUAUACUACGAAUACGUCGGGUGGCGUCGCGCCGACCCGUCGCGUGCUAGUGUUGUGUCAUAGCGGUGGGCCAGGUCGGUUUCGAGAUUUAUUCGUUCCGACUCAACCAUGGCUCUCAACUCGGACGGUGAACAGAAAUCGAACCUGGUCCUCCGCGUAGACCAGGAUUCUGACUCGGUUUUGCAGUCAUUGUUCGACACAGUGCUCAAGCCCGACUCGAAACGACCGCUACAGGUGCCUUUGCGUAUGCGACAGCUUCCGAAGUCGUUCUUUAACCCGCCGUCGACCGGUUCCAAGUCGCCAUCUGUCUCUCACUCGCGAGAAAACUCGGCCGAUUCGGCGUUCGGAUCGUCGUCCGCGACUGGCUCCGCUCCAGUGUCCCACUCCCGAGCACACUCGUCGCCUGCGAGCCUCCAGCAGACUUACGCCGCGGGUCAGCAAACUCAACAGCCGCCGCUGCCUCAUCAGCAUGCCAAACAGAGGUCCUACGACGUCGGCUCUCAUCUUCCAGACGAUCUCGGCCCUUUACCAGCUGGGUGGGAACAGGCUCGCACACCAGAAGGACAGAUAUAUUAUCUCAAUCACGUAACGAAGACGACGACAUGGGAGGACCCUCGCAAGACCCUGGCAGCCCAGACCGUGGCAGCGGGCAUGCAGCACCAGAGCGCAGAAGCUCUACUCACACAGACUGUCACAUCCUCGCCACAGACUAUAGCACCUGCGACCCCAGCGAAGAGUACAAGCACUAACACGACGACAGAUCCUCUCGGCCCGCUGCCAGAGGGCUGGGAGCAGGCCACUACACCGGAAGGAGAGAUUUAUUUUAUCAACCAUGCCGCCAGAACGACGUCUUGGUUCGAUCCAAGAAUACCACAACAUUUACAGCGCACGCCAACGUCGGGGGGAGUAGCGGGAGGCGGCUGGGCGAACGCUUCCAUACAGGCUUGCCAGCAAAAGCUACGCCUUCAGUCGCUACAGCUUGAGCGAGAACGGCUCAAGCAACGUCAGCAGGAGAUACGGCUCCAGCAAUCUUUAAUGGCGCGGCAAUCGUCGUCCAUCGUGUCGUCGCUGGCGAGCAGCGCGGGCGCGGCCGAGCUGCCGCUGGACCCCUUCCUGUCCGGCCUGUCGGACCACCAGCGGCAGGAGUCGGCCGACAGCGGCCUGGGCAUGGCCGUGUCGCAGUCCUACUCCAUGCCGCACACGCCCGAGGACUUCCUGGCCGGCAUGGACGACCGCAUGGACUGCACCAGCGAAGCAGGUGCUAACCUCGACCCCGCGGACAUCGCGCUCGGAGACACCGACGAUUUGGUACCCUCAUUGCAAUUGGGCGAAUUCACAAAUGACAUACUAUUAGACGACGUGCAGUCGCUAAUAAACUCGACGCCGAACAAACCAGACAACGUGCUGACUUGGCUGUAGACGCGCAAAGGCUCGCGGACGCGGCCUCAAGCCGCAAUGUGCAAUCACGCGGUUCGCGCAGUUCGCCCACAAACUUUUAAAUUAGGUAUUAUCAUAAAUAUAGAGUACUUACCGCUUCUAGCGUCGACUCUAAACCCAACAGUGUCGAUGGCCUAACGGUAAUGGUGUACAUUUCACUAAGUAAAUGACAGUUUAUAGCGUAAUGUGUGUAAAUGUACGGACGGUCGAAGCGAUUCAUGUAUGACUGUACGAGUUAAAGAGUGAUUUGAUUCUGCUGCAUAACAAUAUUCACCCUGUGUGGAGCGGGUUUCAGAUUGGCGUUUUUUUGUGCGUGUAUGCUUGUUUUUGUACGCGUAUACUCUAUACACACUCGUGCCUUUUGUCACACGCGCAUCUUUUACGAUCGGCCUCAGAAUUCGAGUAGCAAUUCCGCCAAACUAUUGCAUCAAAAACCUGUCGCACUUAUGACCUUUUUCUAUAAACACGCCAUACACAUCUAACGCAUGUGCAUAAGCGUGCCACGCUAAUAUGAUCAUUUAGGUGCUAAACGACUUACGGCGUUUGACUGUACGUGCGUGCAUGUGCUUUUAAGCUCGUAUUAAUGCGCGAACCGAAAAAGAGGUCAAAUCCAUAUUGCUAUUGACUAAUCCACUCAUUGGUUCGGGCAAACCCGUUUAAAACGUUGUCGUCUCGUGCGUUUGUCUUAUUGAAGCGCAAAAUGUAAAGCGCGUGAAAGCGUGUAUGGCAAAACGAUCAUAUCUGCAUUUCGGCGAGACGCCUUACUGAUACUUGAAACUAUUAAGGAGCAAUUUUACAUGCAACAGUACUAGUAAAUAUGUAAGAUAGAAUUGUGCAUAACGUAUAUAUAGGUACAAUAAAUACCGUAAAACGCACAAAAAAAACAAUAGUCUGAAACCACCCUAUUUCUGCAGACAUUUAUUGUGUUGUGGUGUGUUGUAACGCGACACAGAAGGCGUUUUAUGUCAUACAUAUUAUUCGAAAACGAGCACAGUACUCUUGCGCCGGUGGCGCGCCCGGUCGCACAUAUUCUGGUGCGAUGUGUUGCAACACCACACUCCACAACACAGUAAAGUGUGUAUGGCUUUAGAAAAACUAUAUUGUUCCAAAUUGUAAGUAUAAAAUAUUCAAUAUGUUGUGCUGUCCAUAGCGACUUAUUGUUUAGAAUUGGCUUUCGCAUCUCGGCAUUUAUCUGAAUGAGAUACGAAUGCAAAAUUCUCCAUGAUAAGUAUUAAGUAGCUACUUGCGAAAUGAUAAACAAUAUACUUGUGUUGUAUUUAGAAUUAGAAAGAUCUGACUGGGUCUCUUAAAAUAAUACGAUUUACGAGUUCAAAUCAAAAUAUCAAACGUCCACUCACUCAAUCUCGUUAUUUCGUUUCCGGUCUAAUGCGAGUCAGUUUCGAUGUAAGCCUGAGUAUAAACGCAAGCAGUCGUAUGUUUUAGCGUCGUGAUAACUGAUUAGUUGAUAGUUUGUAGUGAAGUUCGGUUGUUCUGGAACAAAAGAGCACCAGCGGUUUUUGCAUAGCUUCCUUCUUUGCCGAAAGAAGCACUAUUGCAUACUAUUUGUAAUUAAAAACUAAUUGUGAGGUGGGAUUCCCCAUACUCUUUUAAUCAGAGUAGCGGAAAUCCUUUCCUCCACACAAGAACGAUGACGUUAGUAGAGGAGGACGAUUAAUGUAGGUAAUUUUAUCGAUGUAAUUUAGAUUGUGAUACCAUCUUGACGUAACAGUGCCUUAUUGUGCCUUUUAUACAAUUUAUUUAUUGUGUUUUUAAUUAAGGUAACGCUAUAUUUCUACAAUUUUUACGAUCGGACUAUAUCUAUAUGUAUUAUUAAUAUUAAUGAAAUAAAUCUACUUAUGUACUUUUACAGUAUAAUAUCAAAUGUGUUUUGUCUACUUACACCGUCCUUGUGUAUUUUUCGAGAUUAUGAUUAGAAUAGUGAUAGUUAAACGCAACCUAGUUAGUUAUUUUGGCAACUAUUAAGUUUACUGAUAUAUACUUUAUGUUUGGUUCGAAGUGAACGAUGUAUUUUACGCGUGCGCGUGGAUGCCGCUAGGUAGUGACAUUAGGAAAUAAAUAAAUAAUUAAUUAAUCAGUACCACUGACCUCUGCUAUUACAAGUACGCUGGACAUGCGAUUGCCGACCUGUUUUUGAAGAAACUAGAUUUUCGUCAUUAUGGCGCUCACUCUGAACGUCAUGUGAGCGUACUCGACAAUAAAUCUUAAUAAUAAGACAUCUAUCAACAUAGUGUCAGUACAAAGAUCAUUUUAAUUCCCGGCAUGUUCGGUGGGGCGCUUCGAAUCGGCACAACAAUAACUGUCAUUUUGCAUGCCACACCUAUUCCAGCGUACUUGUAUAUUAUGUCCAUUUCAGUGAUCACUAGGUACUCAUGUAGUUGCUGCGAGAGUGCUUGUUCUUCUGAAACUAAAUGAGUUUGCUUUGUAAGUGCUCGUGCGCUUGUGUUCUGCGUGAGCGCAGUCGUGUGCCGUUGCCCGAAGUGUCCACCUGCACAUUUGAGGUGCAUUUGGCAACAGCACAUAUCUACUCAACAAAUUCAAUGUAUCGUAGCUACAUAUAUGAGCUACGGUAAACUGUGGCUUACUUUUUAUUUUUCUGAGAUACUUAAAAGCGACUUCUUUACAAGUCAACUUUCAAAAUCAAGUCUUAGCCCACCUAGUCUCUUGAAUUUUUACGAAUUCAGUUAGAUUGUUUGAAAAUAAUGUUGAAAUUAGGCCUUAAAAUUUAAUUAAAAAUACUACAUUGAAAACUUUGCCAUAUUAGUAAAAGUACUUUAAUCUUGUAAGACUUUAAUGUAAUUUUCAUUUAUAUAAAUAAAUAGCAAUAAAUAUCAACUGUGUAUCUAACUAUUAUAAUUAAGUGUAACGGUGCUGGGUUUAUGAUACAUUUCAUUUUGUAUUAUGUUCAUCCCUUUUGUCGUACUUGUCGUUAUUAUUAUAUCGUGCAAGUAAUGAUGCUUUUCAUAUUGUUCGGUUCAUUAUUCUUCGUUCGCCUUAUCCUUUCCCUUAGAUAUUAUUUAUGUAUCGAACUGUAGGGUCAUAUCUAUUUUCGUUAAUGUGCCUGCGUCUUUUUGUAUUUAUUGUUAAGUAAUAAACAAAACAUGCACUACACUAUGUGAACAUCAGUGAAAACAUAGCAGGGCCUAUCGGUGUUGAAGUUGACGCUUCAACGCAUCACGCUAGAGUCGACAACUUUAAAUUUCACUAAAUUUUACAAUGAAGAGUUGAGAACAGCGUUACGAUUGUAUAAUAUUAUUUAAAAAAGAGCUUUAAUUUACUAAAAUACUUACUUACUAACUUCGAUUACCAAAGAUCGAUCUAAAUUGUAGGUAUCUACAUUAAUCCCUUAAAAAUGCUCAUUAAAAAUUAUAAGUCAAUUAAUAUCGGUUGUAACAUGGUCGUUAAUUGUUACAACUAAAAUACCAAAGGUUCUUACUUGUAACAACUAUAAUUUCUCCCAGACAGAAAGGUACUAAGUACAUAAUGUUUUUACGCCACUGAUGGUAUUGCAUGCCAAAAUUCACUAUAAUUGUUUUAUGGAUGACUAAAGACCAACGAUAUUCGACGUUUUAUUUUGCCUUCCAACAUGAAUUUCAUUGAAGUGGCUAAAUAUAGAACUGGUAUGAAAAUAGAUAGUCUUAAGCUGAGAUUAAUAGAGCGUACUUGAGACUUUACUCAAACUUAAGGACAGACAGACUUUUCAGUUAAAUGAGAUUUAUAGCAGCGUCAUAGUGAUGACUCGUUUAACAGUGUUUAA